AUCUUUGUGCUAAUAUCGCAUACACGAAUGUACCGUUAUCACCGUUAUUAAAUAUAACCGGCAAUGAUGAACCUUCAGAAAUUAUUGCUGGCCAAUUCGCUUUCAAAGUCGGCGGCUUUAAUUUAGCUCGUACGUUAUCCUUUUUCGUCUGUCUAUCAGCUUUUGGCGUCUUGGCUGCGAACAUAUUUGUUGGAUCGCGA